AUGGAUCAACGAUGUCCAACAGGUUAUGGGCCCAGGACGCGGUUGCUGUUUGACGGUGAUGAAUCGAAGUAUGAACUUCGGGAGGUGAAAUUCCUCGGGCAUAUGCGCCUACAAAAAUUGGAUGAAGUGAUUGCACCAGCCCAAGAUGGCGCCGAAGAACCAGAAGCGGGUAAAAAUAAGGAUGCGUAUGCCGAGCAUGUGCAGUGCCUCGAUGAUAAGAGUUUAUCGUUAGUUAUAAGGGAAGCACACAACGACGGACGAAAGGCUCUCAAAGUGCCGAAAGUGCCGCUACGUCACUCAAGGCUGCAGGUCGAUAAUAGUCAAAUCGUGGUUGCAGUUUCUUCGCGAGCUCUGUUUGACUUAUCAGCUGAAUAUGAAAUAUACAACACUUACGGCAUUGAUGCUUACACAAGUUACCAAUCCAAACAUGUGACCGAACCGUGUCUGACGUUCGCGAGGGCGUCCAUGACAGGAGGGAGAAGUCCAGUUGAUUAUCUGAAAGCAUGGAACACUGCUUUAUAUUUGAGCCCAGACGAAGACUAUGUGAAAGAGGCUCUUGAUAAUGGAAUAGCAGCAGCAGUUGUCAAGAAUCAGAUUAUCACGCCACCAACCGAACAAUUGAGAAUUGUAUUCGACGGUGAUGCAGUGUUGUUCUCGGACGAUACUGAACGAUUUUUUCAAGCAGAAGAAACUACAUUUACAGAAUAUGAAAAGGAACAUGAGAAUGGUCCGGGACCUUUGAAAAACUUUGCAGUAACUCUUGGUCGAAUGCAGAAUAUUCUACCAUCAAUUUCUUCUAUUGACAACCCAAUUCGUACGUAUUUACUUACAUCUCGUGAUAUGUACGGAGCAGGAAAGCGGGCACUUGGUACUCUGACGUCAUGGGGAUUGCAUAUCAACGAAACAAUAUUCAUCUCAGGCGAUCCAAAAGAUGUAUUCUUGAAAAAUAUUACACCCCAUCUGUUAUUUGAUGACAGGAAAUGCUUCUGUGGAAAUUAUGAAGGAGCAGGAACAUCACGCCUCCCCUUACGUCGUCACUCAAUUUGA